AUGGCUUCUGAGGUCGACCGACUUAUUUCUAAGAAGACAGGAGUCAAUCCAAACCUCUCGGCAAACCAUAUUCGGUGCUUCUGCCACAAGAUAGCUUUGAUCCUCAAUGCCGGACUGAUGGCUCUCCAACAGUCAACCAACGUAUUGGUCAAAUCAAGAGGCGACACCCUCGGCUUUGCCCCUGACUUAGAACCAAUCAUUGAAGAGUCAGAAGAACGCGAGGAACCAGAUCAGUUUGUAGCAGAAGACGUGGCUUUAGAAUUCCGUCCGCAGGGUCAAGCCGAAAGCAGAACUGGUUCUGAUGGGUGUAAUGGGGACGGUGAUCUGGAUUCCUCAGAUAUCCCUGAUAAUGGAGGAAGUAAUAUUGAUACAGUCUUGAAAAAGGUUGAUUUCAUUAUUCAAAGGAUAACAUCCUCUGCAGCCAAGCGUUCCGAGUACAAGACAUGGUGCACAAAACUCGACUUUAAUGGGCUCAGCCUCAUUGCUGGGUACGGUAUUUGCUGGAACAUUGUCUUCCAAAGUCGACAUCGAGGAUAUCAGGCUCGGAAAAUUAUCGAUAAACUAAUUGAAAAUGAAAAUGAUCGUCAAGAACAAGAGGGUGGGAAAAACUACUUUGACAGUGUGGAGUACAUCAAGGAAUUCCUCACUGAAAAAAUCGAAUCCUCCUCAGAACCAGAAUUCAAAAAAAUGCUCAAGCAGAUGCUAGCGAAAACAAACACCUAUCUCAAUGAGGCCUUGCGUUGUGAUGUGAUCCUGAUUGCCACAGCACUCAAUCCCAGCUUUCGCUUAUCGAUUUUCAAGUUUUCGUUUCCCAGCCACCACAAUCACACUCAGAACCUCCUGGAGUCUCUUUUCAACACCAGGAAAGCCGAAAUUUCUGUCCCAACCGAAUCCGCCCCACCAGUAGCUGCCGACAAGUCUAAAUCCAUCAAACAAGCUCAAAAGCAAACCAACUACUUUCCUGACUCAGUCAAGGCUCCUGUUGCUGAUGAGCUUGCUAUCUACUUGGGGGUCCAAGGAUUUGAACCGGAAGAAACUUUUGAGACUGCACAGGCUAUCAUCACCCAGGAAAAUGAAGAGGAGGCCUUUCAAAAGGGGAAGAAAAUCCCCCAUCACAUGAAGUAG